AUGCAUUUACCAGGUUUUGGAGUUCAAAGUCAAACACUAACCAAGAAAGCAGUGGUGGACAUUACUGCCUGCCCCUUCACCUACUUCGGGCAGCAAUACAACAAGCUACACGUGAGUAACACUAGACAAUGUUCAGUUGAUGUUUCAGGAAUUUACAAAGAUGUGGCAAAUAAUGACUGCAUCCUACUGACCAAGAUGACCGUUCCGGGAGGAAGCUACACGGUCCAGACCACUCAGUUGCCCUCUCUAUGUGUCAACACACUCUUCGUCUAUAACAACAAUGGUGUUGCUGUUCUAGGAAUAACACUCAGCACAACUGGCUUCAAAUCUAGUGUGGGAAUAAGCUCGGACACCGGCUUUACCGACGAUCUACUGGUUGUGAGCAGUCUGGUCAAUGAUGUUCUAAUCUCCAAAUUGAAAUUCAAGUCUCUGGAACUGAUUAAUGGGGUCACUGUUGAUUUGAGUGGAUGUCGCUUCUCAGAUAUUGUGCUUGAGGACAGUGCGACAUUUUUGGAUCCAAGAAUCUGUUCCAAUCUCGUAUGCGACAAAGAUGCUAUACCUCACAUCGAGAGCACUUGUGGACCGUUGGGCCAAUGUGACGGACUUGGACGCUGCUUAGUCAACGUCACCUGCACCAUCGCAGCCUCCACCGUCAUCGAUUACUAUGGCGGGGUCCACGCCGCCCCUGAUCGCUGCGCAUACUCGCUGUUCAGCUCCUACUGGUUCCCAGGCUUUCAGGUUCUGGGGGUCUUCCGGGAGCGGAGACGUUUGGAUGUGAGCUUGCUGGAUCACGUGAUCCUGCAGUUGAGCCACAAAGGUCCUCUGAUCACCCUGGAGCAAGGAGGGAGAGUUCUGCUGGAUGGCACUGAGCUGGCGGUCAACAGCACCUCUCUAGGCGUCUAUGGGGUGGAGCUGUACAAGGAUGAGACAGGAGUGACGGCAUCAGUGACAAUGUAUGUACAUAACAUCACCGUUUUCUUCGAUGGCAACACUGCACAGAUCUUCCUUGAAGGAUUUGAACCAGCGAUUGGUUUAUGUUCAGAUGGGAAUUUUACCUUGGACUUCAACCCUCAAUUCAGUGAGGCUGGAUGUGAGGUUCAAUAUGAGGAGGCGAAGGACAGAACCAUUGACUGUGAGGACGCAGCAGACUGGUGUAACCUCCUGCUAGAAGCUCCGUUCACUUCCUGCCACGACCUGGUCGACCCACAGCCCUUCAUCUCUGCCUGCAACAUGACGCUGUGCUCCUAUCCGUCUGUGGACGACAUCAAGUGCCAGUUCAUGGAGGCCUACACCCGAGUCUGCGAGCAGCAAGGCGACAUUGUAGAGGACAGCUGGAGGUUCGACACUGUCUGUCCUGCUUUUCCUGAAGCCUUCUGUCAGGAUCUACACUGCAGCCAUCACGAGUUCUGUGGCGAGAGGUUUGUGGACAGUGGGAAGUUCUGUCUCUGCCGAGCCUUGUUUUCUUCAAAGUACAGCUUGGAGCAAACGUUUGGAGAACCAACACAGUGUGAGCACAACACUGCUCAAGUGACUCUGGCUCGUUGUCUCCUGGAGGGGAAAAACAUCGACUUCCACAUGUUGCACCUCAACGACGAAAACUGUCGGGGAGUCUUAGACAACCAGACCCACAUGGUGACGUUUGGCUUCAACAGCAGCAACACUUGUGGAACCAUUGUCACGAUGAAAGACAAUCACAUUGUGUACAAGAAUUCCAUCAUGACUCGGAACAUGACUCAAUCCGAAACAAUUUUCCGCCACAACAACUUGGACGUGGACCUCUCCUGUUUCCUCACUCAGCCCAGCAUCCAGACCCUGACCUUCAAUGUCAAACACAGGUGGGUUUUCAAGUGUGUAAAUCCUCCUCCGAGACCGAGACUGGACUGGUCUGUCCCCCGCAGCUCGGAGUACCACCUGUUCUCAGCGAGAGAGUGGCAGUAUUCCCUGUCUAUGAUGCUGUUCACCGACCCUGAGAGGAAGCACAUGUACAAGAGUAAUGCAGGGAUCGAGCUGAAUCAGAGACUGUGGGUGGAGCUGAAGAGCAGCGGCCUGGAUGACAAACUGACCUCAGUGGUGACCAAGGACUGCUGGGCAACAGAUCAGGCGGCGUCGAAUGCCAGUCUCAGAUACGACAUCAUCAUCAAUGGCUGCCCAAAUCCUGACGACCCAACAGUGACGACAAAUGGGAACGGACUGGGAACGUCCAACUACUUCUCCUUCCAAGGCUUCCAGUUUGUUGGCGGGACCCUGGAUAUUUUCUUGCACUGCUUGGUCGACCUGUGUGACAAGGCCAGGGGCGACUGUGCCCCGGUAAUUUGA